CAGAAGGCUGUGCGUGAUGACGUCUAACGUCUCUAACGCACACAUCAGUAUUUUCACACUCUUUCGCUUCAUGUGUGAUUUUAAAAAAUAGUUUUGACUCAUUGAUCAGAUUCGUUUCGAUGAUUCUGCAGCUUCAACACGAGAAACUGCAUUAAUGUGAAUAUUGUAAAUAAAUGAAUGAUUCACAUCCGGGUCAAACAAGCUGGGAUUCACACUGAAGACUCCGCAGUGUUCAACAACAGACUGACAAUAAACAGGAUUCACCCACAGACUGAACUGGGUGUGAGUUCAUAACUAUGUCCAAAAUUGAGCGUCUGAAUGUCCGAGUGGAGAAGCUGCUGUGUAACGUGGUGCAGGAGGUUCUGGAGGUGGUGAGAGAGACGGUGUGGGAGUACCAGGAGAAAACAGCCAGGACUCAGAGGGAGAACCAGAGUCUGAGGAGGAGGCUGCAGGAGCUCCAACACAAGAUCGACUUGGAGAGCAGUGGGCCUUUGCCGCAAAUUUCCACCGCAACCCAGCAGGCUGAGGGGGAACAGAGAGAGAACGAGGAGCUGGUAGACGAUGCUGAACCUGCUGAUAAGGACGUUUCAGAUUCAUUUGCAGACACUGACUGUGAAGCAUCCCUCACUACACCGUGCCUCUCCCCCAAAGCUACGACAGAAUCACAUUUGCACGAUGAUAACUUGAGCGAUCCGAGAACUCUCAAAAUUGAGACUGAUGACAGGUUAUUAUCACCAACUACAAAUCACGUAGACCCCACUGUUACAAUUCAAAUCAAGGAAAAUGUCUCUGUUUUAUCGCUUACAUCAAAUAAAAUGAAAGAGGAGCCCAUACCAGAUCAAGAGACCGCGCACACACACACUGACAAUUUGUUUGAUGAUGCCGCGACCAGCUCUACACUCUUACACAGAUUUGAACCCCCUCCAACCAAUUCAGGACUCUACAACAUGUCAGGGUUCAUCUUCGGUCGGGGCCAAGAGCCUCAAUCUCCAAGAUACAGUCUCACAAACAUUUUUGGUGCAGACUCUGGCGCUUCGGACUCAGCUUCCUUCCAGAGAAACGUCAGAAAACACUACUGCUGCUCGCUGUGCGGUCGCACCUUCGGACACGCAGGCGACUACAAGAAACACAGCAGGGUGCACACAGGGGAGAAGCCGUACUGCUGCUCGGUGUGUGGGAAGAGCUUCAGUCAGUCGGGGUACCUGACGGUGCACCUGCGCUAUCACACGGGAGAGAAGCCGUUCGGCUGCAGCCACUGCGGAAAAAGUUUCAGCCACUCGAGUAACCUGAAGAAACACCUACAAACGCAUCUGUGAGGGGGCUGUGUUUUUACAAAGGUACGGAGCCACAUUGUUCUGCUGUGAUAUCCUGAUGUUUUACUUACGCCUCAUGUUUUUGAUAUUUAGGAAUGGACACUAAAAAAGGCGGCAAGUUUUUAAUCUACUGACGAAUGUUUAAAAACUGUAAAAUGCUGGAUUCUCUAUGAGCAAAAACGAGAGUUACUGGACUAGUUAAGUUAUUUAUUACACAAUUAAAUGUGCCUUUUGAAAAUUAAAAUAUAAAACCACAUUGUAGAUUACAUAUUGAGUCAAAUUCAGAGAUGAAAAAGCAGAGUCAACCACUUCUCCUGUUCCUGCCUCACUGUUGUUUGCCAGAUAUUCAGAGGUUUGUUUACUGUGAUACUUCAUCCUGAACCUCCAAAUCAGAUAAAUGGAUUUGGUUCCUCUGUAUGUAAAGUGUUGUUUACACUGAUCCUUUACAAUCUGAACACAAAAAGAAGCUGUGUGAUAAAGUCAUUCCUGAUUUUAGAGCUUUUGUAGGAAUAUUCACAUCAGGAAUAAAUGUUCCUGCACUUGUGUUCACUUUGUUUUUGCUAUGUUUCAUCUUUGUCUGUGUAUUUGUUUGUUGGCUUAAUUUUACACAAAAACUACUAAACUGAUAUCCACUGAACUUUGUGUAUGAUUGUUUGACCUCUAAUGUACCACACUGUGUUUCACAUUUAAUUGACUAAAACUUAAAUUAUU